UUGUGUAUUCACGCAUGCGCUGUAGAGUUUAUUUGGUAUACACACAACAGGAAGCUCCACUGUGGGAUUGCCCGACCAAGACUUUGUGCGAUGGAGGCGUGACGUGUCAGUCAGUGGAGCGAUACGACCAGACCAGACAUGACCGAGUGCUUCCUGCCGCCCAGCAGCAGCCCUGCUGAGCAGCGCCGGGCCGAUCACCCAGGAGGCGUGGCCCGCACCCCGAGCUCUGAGGAGAUCAGCCCCACCAAGUUCCCCGGCCUGUACCGCACCGGCGAGCCGUCGCCGCCCCACGAUGGACAUCACCACGAGCCGCCGGACCCGUAUGUCUCAGACGACGACAAGGAACACAGCAAGAAGAAGAACAAGUUCAAGAAGAAGGAGAAAAGGACUGAGGGAUACGCCGCCUUCCAGGAGGACAGCUCGGCGGACGAAGCCGAGAGCCCGUCCAAGAUGAAGCGCUCCAAGGGAAUCCACGUGUUCAAGAAGCCCAGCUUCUCCAAGAAGAAGGAGAAGGACUUCAAGGUGAAGGAGAAGGAGAAGGGCCCAAAGGAGGACAAGGCCAAGGAGAAGAAGUCCAAGGACCUGACGGCCGCCGACGUAGUCAAACAGUGGAAGGAGAAGAAGAAGAAGAAGAAGCCAGCCUCCGAGGCUGAGCCGGUCCCGGUGGAGACCCCCACCGUCAGACCCAUCUUUGGAGCGCCGCUGGCCGAGGCUGUGAAGAGGACGGCUCUGUACGACGGCAUCCAGCUGCCGGCCGUCUUCAGGGAAUGCGUGGACUACAUCGAGAACUACGGCAUGAAGUGUGAGGGCAUCUACAGAGUCUCAGGUAUGAAGUCCAAAGUGGAUGAGCUGAAAGCGGCCUAUGACCGGGAGGAGUGUCCCUGCCUGGAGGAGUACGACCCGCACACGGUGGCCAGCCUGCUGAAGCAGUACCUCCGGGAGCUGCCGGAGAACCUGCUGGUCCGGGACCUGACCCAGCGCUUUGAGGACGCCUGCGGCCGUCCAGCGGAGGCCGACAAACUGGCGGAGUUCCACAAGCUGCUGGCCGAGGUGCCGGCGGAGAGCCGUCUGCUGCUCUCCUGGCUCGUCACGCACAUGGACCACGUCAUCGCCAGGGAAACGGACACCAAGAUGAACAUCCAGAACAUCUCCAUCGUCCUCAACCCGACCAUUCAGAUCGGGAACCGUGUUCUCUACAUCUUCUUCACCCACGUGAAGGAGCUGUUUGGGGACGUUGUCCUGAAGCCGGUGGUGCGGCCGCUGCGCUGGUCCAACAUGGCGACCAUGCCCGCUCUGCCUGAGACCCAGGAUAACAUCAAGGAGGAGAUUCGGCGGCAGGAGUUCCUGCUGAACUGCCUGCACAGAGACCUGCAGGCGGGCGUGAAGGACCUGUCCAAGGAGGAGCGGCUCUGGGAGGUCCAGAGAAUCCUGACGGCUCUCAAACGCAAGCUGAGGGAGGCCAAGCGGCAGGAGUGUGAGAGUAAAAUAGCACAAGAAAUCGCCAGUCUCUCAAAGGAGGACGUGUCCAAAGAGGAAAUGACCGAGAACGAAGAGGAAGUCAUCAACCUACUUUUAGCACAGGAGAAUGAGAUCCUGACCGAACAGGAGGAGCUGAUUGCGCUCGAACAAGUGCUGCGGAGGCAAAUCGCCACCGAGAAGGAAGAAAUCGAGAGGCUGAGGGCGGAAAUCGCAGACAUUCAGAGUCGGCAGCAGGGCCGCAGCGAGACAGAGGAGUAUUCCUCAGACAGCGAAAGUGAGAGUGAAGAUGAGGAAGAGCUGCAGAUGAUACUGGAAGACCUGCAGAAACAAAACGAGGAACUAGAGAACAAAAACACCCAUCUGAACCAGGCCAUCCACGAGGAGCAGGAAGCCAUCCUGGAGCUCCGGGUCCAGCUCCGCCUGCUGCAGAGCCACAAGCAGCAGCAGCAGGAGCUAACCGUCCCGCCGCCGGCCGAACAAGCUCCUCCCACUCAGCCGAGCCCGGAGGCCCGCAGCGAGGAACAAACCAAACGCUCCAUCUCCACCGUGGCCGCCACUGGAGACGCGCCCGCCCCAACCAACGGGAAGCCACUGAAGGAUCCUUCAAAGCCGUCACCGAGCAAAGACAGGCGAGACACCAACAUGUGAGGCGAGCGACAGUCGUCUCCGCAGAUGGUCAGUUCACCUGCAGCAUUGGUUACCAAAAACAAGAAACUGAACACCUGUAUCCUCUGCGGCAUCCUGACUUUGUUUCUCUUCACUGCAAAACAGAAAACCUAGAAACAGAGUAGCAGCUGUCGCAGAUGAUCCGCUACCUCUGUGGAAACUCCCAGGGACCAUUUCAUUCAAAUCUGCUGUGCCAAGCCUGUUUAAAAGAGGAUUAGAGGGUGACAAUGAUGGAUGUGAGAGAGAUUAGAGUUUAUUUUUCACUGAUAAUUAAAUCAAGAAAUCAUCACAAAAUGUAA